AUGUAUAAAUCUAUUCAAGAACCGGAUAUACCUGCAGCAUUGGGUUUGCUGGCUCACUUAGAUAAUGACGAGCUCAAAGAACUAUUAAAUAAUGAUGGAAAAUUUGAAGACAUCGUAAAAGAUAUUAAACAGUUUAAAGAUCUGGAGACUGAAAAGGAAAUGUUAAUGGCAAGCAAUAGAUCUUUGGCAGAAUUUAAUUUAUCUAAGCAACCUGAAUUGGAAGAAGGUAAACAAAUUUUGAAAGAAUUAAGUGAGCAGGCUAACCAGUUAUGUACCAGUACUAAGGAGAAAUUAGAUAAAAUGCGUGAUAAAUCGGGUAUCAUGUCUGUUGAUACUGCAUUGGAUCUGUUGCAAGCAGCUGCUGCAGAAAUUGAAGAAGAAUCAGAAACAGUGGCAGAAAAGUUUAUGGCAGGUGAUAUUGAAGUAGACGAAUUUCUGGACCAAUUUUUAACUAGAAGAAGAUUAAUGCAUUUGCGCAAAGUCAAAGUAGAUAAACUAAAAGAUCUAAUAAGAAAAGGAUUUUCUGCGAGCAGUGUACCUGGUUAUCCGACCAUUUCAAAUUUUCCCGGAAUGGCACCUUCCAUACCAUAUCCAACAGGAUCUGUAGCUAUGCCGAUGCCAUUGCCAUCAGGAUUACCAGUUUAUAGACCAUAUUAGAUAUUGUAAAAUUUCAUUAUAUGUGUGUGUGUGCGUGUGCGUGUGCGUGUGUGUGUGUGUAUGUGUGUGUGUGUGUGCAUAUAUGUGUAUAUAUAUAUAUAUAUGUUUAUAUGUAUUUGUAAAAUAUCUCUCCUCAAUUAAAGCACAAGAUAUUUAAUAUUAAUGAUCUUUACAUGUAACUUCUUGCAAAUUUCAUAAUUAAUUUUUCACUAUUUUUAAA